UCAGAGAGUUGCUUCUUUAUUACGGCCAGGUGGGACACCCGGGAAGUAACUGUUCUCUGGAUCCUCGGUUCCAGCCCUCUCCUGCUAUAUGGGAUCUGCGGCGAAAUCGGUGUUUGGAGUCCCAGCUAACCAGCUUCUCUGUUGCGUCUCGGCCAACUUGUCUAAAGAGAAAGAUCCGAGUGACCGGAAGACAUGCCUUAACCGGAGCCCAUUCCUGCCACCUCCCUCGAGACAGCUCAGCCAGAAGCAGAAGGACAAACGGGAUGCAGGCUUAGCACGCCGGAAAGCCGAGCGGGCCUCCAUGAGGGCCCAGCUCCGAGAGAAAUACCAGCUGCCUAAGAACUGGAAAGACAAGAAGCAGCUGCAAGCGGCCGGGGUGAAGCCCAAACUCCCGCCAGACCUCCAGGCGAUCGUGAACCCCGCGGCCGCCUCCGAUUCUGGCUCCAUCUUCCCGCGCUGGGUGGCCCUGGAUUUCAGCUCCUUGCGGGCCACUGCGGAAAAUGCGGUGCAGUCGCUCCCAGGUUCCGUGCGCCAGUGUCCGGUUAUGUGAAACAAGUGCUCCUUGUUAAAGAGGAGCACUUGUUAAAGAGGACGUCCGUGAAGGCGGAAAAAAAAUCAAAAAGAGAUACCAAUCAGCAAAAAAGUUGCAUGUGCUUACGUAUUUUUAUGGACACCCUUACCCAUGCAUCUCAUUCAUUUGCAACCAGGGGGUCCAUGUGCCUUCUCAAUCUUCUGUCCAGAUGGGGCUUGACGUGGACGAUGGGCAACAUCUUCUUCCACAUGCAUCUUGCAGGGGAUUGGGGCCGGGGAGGGGUGAAUGGAGAUCUCCCAGCUCCCGUUGUGUUGUUCUAGAACGUUGUCUUAUGGUCAUCACUUAAGAACCCAGAAUGCUCUGUUCCUGUUGAGCCAGAUCAGAGGUCCGUCCGUGGCUGGUCAUCCGGACCCCUUGUAGAAAUCUAAGGAGGUGUAUUUCCUUGACUCUUUUGGGCCCCUCAAGAAAAAAGCAAGAUUUUCAGGAAAAGACCAUCACUCUGGGAAGGCAGCGGGAAAAGAGGAAGGCCAAAUGUGAGAUGGAAGGACUCCCCUAGGAAGCCACAACAAUUGUAUUUAUGAACACAAUAAUAACACAAGCUGUCUGGAUGAGGUGUGUUUUGGACCGGAGGGCAAAUAAAGCAAAAAUUAGAUCUUCAAUGGAAUAUGAAGUCUAGCAAAUGGAAAAUCCAUGUGCUUUGGGGAGCAGAAAGCAAAAAAAUAAAGAGUAAUGUAUUUCAAGUC